CUCCGCCCCGCGUCGCGCACGCUUAAGUGUGCGCCCGAGGCCCCGCCCAGGCCCGGCCUCGCCCCCGGCCCCAGCUCCGGCUCCGCGGGCGGCGGGGGCGGUGAGAAGCCGCAGCUGCAAGUUCGCCGAGAGCCUCUGAGCCGUUGCUCAGCCUGGGAUCCAGCUGCAGUCACGGCGGAGCCGCCUCUUCCCCGGCCCGGGCCUCAGCCUUAAACCGGCUGGGCCAUGGCAGCCGCCGCCACUGCGGCCAAUCUGGCCCCUUCGCUCCUCGGCCGUCGCUGAGCAGCCGUUAAGUCGCCUGCCUUCCUGCGGGCGCGGGUGCGGCCGCGGCCCAGGCUCCACACAAGUUUCCGCCGCGAGACAAGCCGGAGGCAAAGGCGAAGGAGGACGGACGUGCCCCCGGCCCACCCGCCCGCGAUGUGGGGACGCUUUCUGGCUCCGGAGGCCAGCGGCCGCGUUAGCCCCGGCGAGGCCCGCAGCUUUUCGGCUGGCCCUGAUUAUUCAUCAUCAUGGUUACCUGGUAAUGAAUCAUUGUGGCAGGCCACAGCUGUUCCAUCUCAUCAUCGACAUAACCAAACCAGGAGACACAGCGUAGCUUCUGACAGUGGGGACACUGGCAUCGGAACUUCCUGUUCUGACAGUGUGGAAGAUCAUUCAACUUCCAGUGGCACAUUAUCGUUUAAGCCUAGUAGAUCAUUGGUGACUCUUCCUACUGCCCAUGUGAUGCCAUCCAACUCCAGUGCUUCAAUUUCCAAACACAGGGAAUCAUCAGAUGGCGCAAAAUGGGCUACCAGCUUCUUGCAGGCAUUGAGAGACCAGAGCAGGGGGCAGCAGGACGCCUCACUGGACAUGAAGGACUUCCGGCCUCUUCGGAAAUGGUCAUCUUUGUCUAAACUCACGGGCCCAGAUAACUGCAAGGAGAGUGGCGCUGCACAUGCUCAAGAGUCAAGGGAUGCUUUGGAAAAGACGGGGCGGGGCAAGGUUUUACCAUCACAACUAAGGACAGUGGGGCCUAGCUGCUUACAUGAUAGUAUGGAGAUGCUUAAGCUAGAAGACAAGGAAGUCUGUAAAAAGCGAUCAUCCACGCUGGACUGCAAGUAUAAAUAUGAGAGCUGCAGCAAAGAGGACUUCAGAGCCACCUCCACUCUAAGGAGACAGACCUUAGACAUGACAUACAGUGCCUUACCUGAAAGCAAGCCCAUUAUGAUGAGCUCAGAGGCCUUUGAGCUUCCCAAAUACAUAGGACUCGGUCAGCAGGCAGUGGGGGGAGUUCCCAUUCAGCCUUCCGUGAGGACUCAGAUGUGGCUUACUGAGCAGCUGCGGACAAACCCUUUGGAAAGUAGAACUACCGAGGACUCUUACAGUUUAACUCCUUGGCAGCAACAACAGCAAACUGAAGAGUUUCGGCAAGGAAGUGAAACACCAAUGCAGGUUUUGACUGGAUCAUCUCAUCAAAGUUACUCACCUUCUGACUACCAAGAUUUCAGUAAGUGGGAAUCAGUACUGAAGAUAAAAGAAGGACUUUUAAGGCAAAAAGAAAUUGUAAUUGAUCGACAGAAGCAACAAAUUACCCACCUACACGAGAGGAUCAGGGAUAAUGAAUUACGGGCACAGCAUGCCAUGUUAGGACAUUAUGUGAAUUGUGAUGAUUCUUACGUGGCUUCAUUGAAGCCACAGUAUGAGAAUACUGCACUUCAGACUCCAUUUUCAGAGCAGUCAGUGUCCCAUUCCCAGCAAGAUGAACUUGAGCAAAAGCUUGCAUCUACUGAGAAAGAGAUUUUACAGCUCAAUGAGUUUCUCAAACAGCGAAUGAACCAAUUUAGUGAAGAGAAGAAGAAAUUGGAGGAAAAGCUUAAAACCAGAGACAGAUACAUCAGUAGUCUGAAAAAGAAAUGCCAGAAGGAGUCUGAACAGAACAAAGAAAAGCAGAGAAGAAUUGAGACUUUGGAGAAGUAUCUGGCUGAUCUUCCCACUCUGGAUGAUGUACAGAGUCAGAGUCUACAGCUGCAGGUUCUAGAAGAAAAAAAUAAGAAUUUGCAAGAGACCUUGAUGGAGACAGAAAAAAAGCUUGAGGAGAUCAAAAAACAGUGUCAAGAUAAAGAUGCACAGUUAAUAUGCCAGAAAAAGAAAGAAAAGGAGUUAGUAACUACUGUUCAAAGUUUGCAACAAAAAGUAGAAAGAUGUCUUGAAGAUGGAAUCCGCCUUCCCAUGUUAGAUGCAAAGCAGCUUCAGAAUGAAAAUGAUAAUCUCAGAGAACAAAAUGAGACUGCUAGUAAGAUAAUAGACAGCCAGCAAGAUGAGAUUGACAGAAUGAUUGUAGAAAUUCAGUCAAUGCAAGGAAAACUUUCUAAAGAAAAAUUGACAACUCAAAAGAUGAUGGAAGAUCUGGAAAGGAAAGAAAGAAACCUGCAAAGAUUAACAAAGGCACUACUUGAAAACCAAAGACAAACAGAAGACACGUGCCCUUUAUUGGAUCAGGGCCACGAAGGCGACCAAUCUAAGCAGCCGACCGUGCUUUCUAAGCGGCCACUAUUUGAUUUGUCUGUAAUUGAUCAACUAUUCAAGGAAAUGUCCUAUUGUUUGUUUGACUUGAAAGCAUUGUGUAGUAUUCUUAAUCAGCGUGCUCAGGGCAAAGAGCCAAAUCUUUCAUUAUUACUAGGAAUCAGAUCAAUGAGUUGUUCAGCGGAAGAGACCGAGAAUGACCACAGCCCAGAAACACUCACUAAGAAGCUGUCAGAUGUGUGCCAGUUACGGAGGGAUAUUGAUGAGUUAAGGACUACAAUAUCAGACCGCUAUGCUCAGGAUAUGGGAGACAACUGCAUUACCCAGUGAUCAAGUAUUGGUCCCACAGCAAUAAUGACCCAUUGUGAAAUGCU